AUGAGUGAAGAGAAAGUGCGCAAUGGCACAGCAUUCACAGGGGAUGAGGCCGAGUUGGCGAAGAUGGGAUAUAAACAGGAGUUGAAGCGCGAUUUGGGUCUCUUGCAGAACUUUGGCGUUUCGUUCUCGAUUAUUAGUGUGAUUACUGGAGUUCCUUCACUUUUCUUGUACGGCUUGACGACGGGCGGUCCAGUGGUGAUGGUUUGGGGAUGGGUAGUUGUUUCGGUCUUUACGAUGACUGUGGGGCUUGCCAUGGCCGAAGUAUGUAGCGCACAUCCUACAAGUGGCGGUCCUUAUUUCUGGGCGGCUAUGCUCUCAGAACCUCUGUACGCUCCAUUCGCGUCGUGGAUCACAGGAUGGUUCAACCUCCUUGGUCAAGUUGCGGUGACCACGGGUAUUAGCUUUGCAUGCGCGAACUUUAUAUCGACGAUCGCAACGUUUAAUACGGAUUUCGUCCCGACGGCAAGGACAACCAUUGGUAUAUACGCUGCAGUGCUUUCUGGCCAAGGUCUCAUUAACACGUUCGGCGUACAUCUUCUGAAGUACAUCAACAAUUUCUCAAUAUGGUGGCAUGCAGUAGGCACGACGGCUCUGGUGAUUGCGAUACUUGCAGCUGCUCCGACGCACCACUCUGCAAAGUUUGUCUUCACACAGUUCAUUGACGGAACUGGCGUGGCACAGCCGGAUGGUUCCACCAUUGGAUGGGGAUCGCGCGCGAGCACAGGAUAUGUCGUCGUCGUCGGUAUACUUAUGUCGCAGUAUUCUUUAACGGGUUUUGACGCCAGUGCUCAUAUGACUGAAGAGACUCAUAAUGCGGCCAUGGCCGGUUCACUUGGGAUUAUUACUGCGAUCGGAGUGAGCGCUAUCCUUGGAUGGUUCCUUAUUCUUGGAUUAUUAUUUUCGAUGCAAGAUUACAAUGCAACAGUAGGUAGUGAUACGGGUGAACCAGUUGCUCAGAUAUUCCUUGAUACUGUCGGAGAGAAAGGUGCAAUCGUGUUGAUGGUGAUUGUCAUCGGUGCCAUGUUUAUGUGCGGGGUAUUCUCCGUUACCUCCAAUUCCCGGAUGAUGUACGCCUUUUCGCGAGACGGUGCUCUUCCAGGCGCGAAGUUUUUCCACCGCGUCAGUGUACGUCAGAGAUCUCCCGUUCGCACUGUCUGGCUCGCCUGUACUCUCAGCUUCAUCCUUGGUCUUCCAAGUCUCGGAAGCCAAGUUGCGUUCAGUGCAGCAACAAGCAUUGCCACCAUCGGUCUAUACGUCUCAUACGCAAUCCCUAUUGCACUUCGUCUCAUUUAUCGAAGAAGGUUCGUAAGGGGACCGUUCCAUCUCGGAAAAGCAAGUGAAGUGAUUGCUGGUAUCGCUGUUGCGUGGAUCACGUUCAUCUCGAUUGCGUUCAUUCUCCCGCAAGAGAACCCUGUAAAUUCACAAACGUUGAAUUAUGCGAUUGUUGCUGUGGGCAUUGUGGUGACGUACUCUCUUGGUCUUUGGUUAUUGAGUGCGAGGAAAUGGUUCAAGGGGCCUGUGAAGCAAAUCGCGGCGGAGGAGAUGGGAAUAGAUGUGUCAGAACCGGGUGUGCUGGAACAGAUCGAAGCGGAAGGGAAAUUAGAUAGGAAAUCGAAAUCAUCAGAGUAA